CUUUAACUUAAUUUUUUUUUCUUGCUAUCAUACCGGGGAAGAGCUGUUUGGGAGGAAAGAGGAAUGUCACUUUUGAUAUCUAACCUAUAUCCGAUAAAUUGAUUAUAUCACGCUCUCUCCUUUUCUCCCACCCCGCCCUCGUUCGGCCCUGCAAACACUCGCGUUCAUCAUACCCCUGGAGAGGAGCAAAACUGUUCAUGCUGUUGCUGCCCUCCGAGUUUCAAUGUUAAGGAUUGGCUUUCGCCGCUCAUUGCCCCAACCUUUAUCUAAGACCAUAGCCGGAACAACGCCAUCGAGAGCAACCGCAGGGCAUUCGUCGUUCUGGAGGUUGGAGUUUCCAGGGAAGUUUGUCUGCAUGUCAUGCCAAUCACGUGCCUUGGCCAGUCAUGCCCGGCAUGGACGUGGGACCCGAGCAUCCGGAUUUCUUGGAAUGAUAAAACGUUUAGAGGCCCAUGUCCAGCUCAUCGAGAAACGGGCCGCCGAUAUUGAAGCUCAGGGUGCUGCCAGGAAGAGACUUCCGGAUCUUGAAAUGACAGAGGAGUUGCAAGAUCAAGCCUACGAAGCCUUGAUGACACCCGGGUCGAAAACUGCCGUCUUUCUCCCCCAGCCGGAAACUGUAUCCAAGAUGUUACCGGCCUCGAUCGUCGAACGGUUAGGGAGCGCUGCGGCCUUGGUCGAUACUUCGACGCCCCUUUGGGGUACGGUGAUAGGACAACUGGAGUUCAAUGGAGGGUUCCAGGGAAUGGAGAUAGUGGAUGUCAAUUGCCUGCUAGUGUCUAUGGGUCUUGAAAGCAGGGUGGAGAAUUCGCUCAAGUUACAGGAAAUGAUGGAAAAGGCGAAAUUAGAGCCGGACACGCUAACAUAUGACCUAUUGAUGAUGGCUCAUGCGCAGUUGGGAUGCCCGGAAGAGGUAAAAACCUUAUUCGAAAGUCUCAAAAAAAGUAAAGGAUUGGUUCCUGGUCCAUGUACUGAUCUCUCGAUUAUUCUGACUGACACAAUGUUAUCAAUAGAGGGUGUACCUCCCACCAUAUUCACUUAUGCGCAUCUUCUUAAAGCAUUUUCCCUCCAAGCAGAUAUUGAGGGAGCCGGAAAGGCUUUCACAGAAAUGCGUGAAGCUGGUAUUCGACCGAAUAUUGUCGUCUAUACAACCCUAAUUAAAACGUGUCUAAAUCGUCGUGAAUUUCCAACAGCUUGGCGUAUAUUCGACCUUAUGAAGUUGAAAUCGAAGGCAACAGCGCCAGAUACCCGCACCUUUGCACUGAUGCUGCAUGCAUGUGCUAUGGAGGGUGAGAGCGAGAAGGCGCUGAAUCUCUUUAAAGACAUGACAGACCGUAUGCGAUUGAAACCUACGAAAGAGACAUAUCAUGCUUUGAUUCACGCCCUCGCUGUGCGGAAAGACUAUUAUCAAGAAGUAUGGCGGUAUGCUACGGAGAUGCAAAAAGAGGGGUUCAAAAUGGACCGAAGGGUGCUUGGAACACUGAUCCAAGCUUGCGGGAAAAGGGGAGACCUAACGAGGGCCAGAAUGUUAAUAAGACACAUGCUGGGUAGCGGGAAGGAAGACAUUGUUCCGGACUCGACAACCUAUCAAUGUCUGUUCAGAGCCUAUGCAAAUACCGGGGGGAAGAAAAAAUGUGUUGAAUUUGUGGAGGGAGGGUCACCCGAGACCUCGGCACCCUAUGUCGGGCCAGACACCAGACUUGUGAAGCAAGAGGAGAGCUUCAAGGAGGACGCCAUACCUUUCUCUCAAAACACAAUUCUGAAUACCCGCUUGGAGAUCAUGAGAGAAGCAAGGCGAGUCAUGGAAUGGCUCUGUACCGUAAAACCGCACCUAGUAGACACUCAGUUGAUGAACGCCCUCCUCGAUGCCUACUGCAACCAUUACUACCCCUUCAAAUUCAAAGUAUUGUACUAUACGGCUUUCACCGACCCCAAGGAAUCGGACUACCUAGAACCAACUACUUCCGGAACCGGGGCCGGGAACCUAACGCCCGAACCCAACGGCGUCCCUGCUGCCGACACCAUAGACACGGGCAAAGGCACAGGCACAGACGCAGAGCCAGACAAAAACACCCACCCAAAUUCACCCGACCAGUCCGCACUCCGAAGGAUCGUCCCCAGAAACCUCUACACAUUUCAAACCGCACUUUCCGGCGCCUACAAACAUUACGAUCUAUCGUUCGCCUGGGAUAUCUACAACGACCGCAUAAAGUACCUCCUGACGAAACAAUACUACUCGCUGUACCGCGAAGCCGAGCGGAGAAGGCUAGACGCGAAAGCAGAGUGCAUGAUGAUCAACAUCCUCGCGCGCUGCGAGAUGCUCGGCGAGGCUGCAGCCCGACUGAAGACCACCUGCAAGAAGUACAAAAUUUACGAGUCGGACAUAGCAAUACUGCACAUCAAGGCUUUGCAGUUGGACGAUAAGCAGACGUUGAAGGUUAUCAAGGAAUGUGUUGGGACUACGCGAUACCGGGAUUACGCCGUAGGGGCAAGGCAUAAACUGCCGUGGAAGGGCGAGGGCGAGGCGGAGGAUUCGUCGAGGACGUGGUGAUCUUGUUCUCCCCCUUCAUCAUUUUUCAUUCAUUGUGCAUAAUUACGAGUGAUAAGAGGUGAUUUGCGUUGUAUAUAGCAUAGAUGUCUUCCCCCUUUUUUUGUUGGAGGAGGGAAAGGUAAAGGGUUCGGAUUGAGCGAGCCUCCACUACGGUCCCUUUGAAAAGGUUUUGUGUAUCAUAUAAUGUAUGAUAUCCCGUAUUGCG